UUUCAACGCGGUUGGUUGUGUCGUGUUUCGGAAAAAUAACGUUAUCGCGCGGAGAAAAAUGAUAAAUCACACAUUCAAUUAAAUGUGUUUUUUAAUAGCGCGUCUCUAUCAAAGCCAUGUUAUUCGUAUUACAAUAUUUGCAUAGCGGAAAAAAAGUGUAUAAUGUUCAAACUUUUAUUGAGUGAAUCUAAAAACGUAUUUCAAUAAAUUAUAUUUAAAAUUAACUAAUUAUUUUAUAACGUAUUCAAUAUAUUAUAACAUAAACGUGAUACUAUUCGAAUAAUAUUGUUAUGUGUAAAUUACAUAACAUGUAAGUAGAGCAUUACGAUAUACAAUACCUAAUUAUAUUGAAAUAGAAAUGUUAGAUAAAAGUAAAACUGAAACAAAAGUGUCGAUUUGUUGUACGGCGUGCGCUAGUGUGUUCAUAAUGUGAGCAGACAUGUGCUCCGUCAAGUGGAUACGAUUGUUCGUGAUGCUGGCAGCUUGCUGGGCGCAAGAGGGCGAGUGGAGCGAGGACGCUGAAGAUUUGGUGUCUACAGUCGAAGUGGAUGCAGUCCUGGGGCGCACGGCAUCACUCCCCUGUGACGUCACGCCCGACACGAAUGAAGACCGCGUGUACAUGGUGUUGUGGUUCAGAGCCGGGAAAAGCACAGGAGGAAAACCUAUAUACAGUUUCGACGUCCGCGGGCGAUCUUUCAACAAGGCACUGCAGUGGUCUGACCCGAAUGUCUUCGGUCCACGUGCGUACUUCGCGACUGUCGCCCGUCCUGCCUCCCUUACUCUUGACACCGUUCAACUUGACGACGAAGGCGUGUAUCGUUGCAGAGUUGAUUUCAAGAAUUCACCGACCCGAAAUUUUCAGAUCCGAUUAUCUGUCAUAGUUCCUCCACACCAACUAAUAUUGUACGACAAGUCGGGGCGCGACGUUUCCGGAGUGGUGGGCCCUCUCGAGGAGGGCAACGAGCUCGUUCUCGUUUGUGAGGUCAGGGGAGGACGUCCAGCGCCAACAGUAAUAUGGCUAAUUGAUGGCACGCCUGCGCCCCAAUACAUAGGAGAGAAAACUGAUACCCACGUAGUCGUAAAUAAACUGGAGCUACCCCACGUCAAGAGAAGUCAUUUAAACACAACAUUCAAGUGCCGAGCAUCGAACACCAACCUCGUCAGCCCACAAGAGAAGACCGUCAGAUUGGAAAUGAAUCUGAAACCGACGUUAGUCCAGAUACAGAACAAGCCCGUGACGUUAUCUUCUGAGCGGUACGUCAGCUUAUCGUGUGUGUCAGAGGGGAGCCGCCCCCCGGCUCAGCUGACCUGGUUCAAGGACAAUAGGAAAUUUAAAAGGGGAAAAAUAACAGAUGCAAUGAACGACACGUGGGUGAGCAGUUCCCUGCAAUUCAUGCCUCAGCCCGACGACGACGGCGUGCAAAUUAAAUGCCAAGCGGACAACAACGCUAUGCCCGGACAGAGCAUUGAAGAUUCCUUCAAGUUGGAUGUUGUCUAUCCGCCUGUAGUAUCUUUGUCGCUAGGCAGCACCCUCAACCCUAAUGACAUCAAAGAAGGUGACGACGUUUACUUCGAGUGUUCCGUACGUGCGAACCCAAAGGAACAUCGCAUAUCUUGGUAUCACAAUGACAAACCAGUGCUUCACAACGUGGUUUCCGGUAUUAUAGUUAGCACGAAGUCACUCGUGCUACAGAAGGUGACGAGAGAACACAGCGGGGAUUACACCUGUCGCGCCAACAAUGCCCUCGGGGAAACUGCUAGUCAGGCUACCCAUCUCAGCAUACAAUUUGCGCCAGUGUGCAUGCAUUCCACGCCUCAAGUUUUGGGCGCGCAAUUAGACGAAGCCUUGCGAGUAAGUUGCUCCGUAACGGCAAAUCCGCCUGACGUCACAUUCUUUUGGCAGUUCAACAAUAGCGGCGAAAGUCUGGAUGUUUCACCGACAAAAUAUGGUACAGCUAACGGCAGCACGAGUGAACUUAGCUACAAGCCACAAAGCGAACGAGACUAUGGCGCUUUAAGUUGUCGUGGUACCAACAGUGUCGGCAGGCAACUAGAGCCUUGUGUCUUCCAAAUCGUCCCGGCUUCUCGCCCCGCGCCCCCUCGAAACUGCUCCCUGCAAGCGGGUAGCAAUAAUACCGAGGGUGUCAGUUGGUUGAUUGUGCGUUGCGUGUCUGGCUACGACGGCGGUCUGCCACAGACGUUCGUCCUGGAAGCUCUAGAUCCCAUCACUAGCAAGAUUAAGUUCAAUAGCAGUGUUAACGAAACAGAUGGCUUGGCUACCUUCAAAUUAGAUCUCUCACAGAUAUCAGCUGGAGACGUUGAGGGCGCGACGUUUAAUCUACUUAUUUAUGCAAAAAAUCUCAAGGGAGACUCGGAGAAAACUCUGCUUGAAAAUAUUGCUUUCAACGACGCCGCUAGGAGAACGGAUGGCAAAAGUUCGAUUGGCGGAAUAACGCUGGGCGUAGUAGUAGCUGCUAUACUGGGAGCAGCUCUCGCCAUUGGUGGAAUAGCUUUUGCAGCACUUUGCGCUAGAAGAAGAAGGGCGCAUCCACCGCAUAAACAUCCACCAGGUGAUAUGUUAGAACUGAGCGACGGCUGCCGAAGAUACGUAGUGGCGUAUACUAUUAAACCAUCUCCAGAACAAAAAACGCCAGAUCCACAACCAGAUAUACUGAAUGCACCAGAUGGUGAAAGUCAGAAAGGACCACCAGCGACUGUCGAGGCGGAUGAGUGGCCGAGUAUAAUGGACAAUAGAGGAGAUUGGAGCAAAAAUGGGGCCGUGUUCUCAGCGGAAGAUCUUGCUCUCUUAGAUUCCACCGGACGACCAACACAGCUCGCUUCUGGUGACAUGGCUAACAUAAGACAAGAAGACGCUAUCAACCAAAACUUGUCGCAGUCAAUAUUAACGAGUAACUUUAGACCGAACUUCAUAGUGACUAAUAGUCCAACUUUAGGAAGUCCGAACUUUGUCUGUCCUAAUGGUAAUGUGGGGUCUCCAUUCGGCAGUCAGACCUUAGCUCUUAGUGGCCCAACUUUAAGUUCUGGAAGCUUGGCCACGUCGACAUUGCACAGAACGAAAGGUAAAAGUAACGUGCGAAGAAGGGAACAUGUUCUAGCUGAGAAUUUACCCGGCCCAGAAAGUUGUGUGUAAAGGAAAAAGUAUUUAUUUGAUACU